CCAAAGCUAAGGAAGAAUUUCUUGGGCACUGUAUAUAUCCAGUUGGCUAAUAAGAAAAUACUUCUCCCUCCAGCCUGGGCCUUGGCUAGUUAAGGGGUGGGAGGGACCGGGAGACGGGUUACUCCGUAUUGUAUCCACCGUGCUGCGAAGAACUCUCCUUCACUCGCCCCCCGCCUCCUGCCCGCUCUGGGCAGUCCGAGCCCCGUUCCCCGCGGCCCUUUCUCCACUCCGGGAGAGGAGGGCGCUGUUCGGGCGGCGAAGGGGAGCCCCCGUGUGUCUAGAAGGCCUCUCCCCACCCCCACCCCGUGUGAGUUUGUACUCCUUGGCAUCCUUGCCUGGGUUGGGUGUUGGGGAGCUCAAAUUGCAGCUACAAACUGGCUGGCAGCCAGGGGCCGUCUAUUUAAAAGCGCCUGCUCGACCGGAGCCCGUAGUCUCUUUGGAAACUUCUGCCGGGGAAAAAGAGCUAGGAAAGAGCUGCAAAGCGGUGUGGGUUUUUUCCUUUUUUUUUGUUUCUUUUCUUUUUUUCCUCCUUUUCAUCACCCCCUUCUCCGUUUGCACCCUGCUUCGGGCUUCACGCAGAACCUGCGAAUUUCGAAGAGGUGCUGGCAGAGUGGGAGAAAAGAGGUGUUAGGGGCUUGGAUUUGGUCUUUUUUUUUUUUUUCCUCUAUUUCCACAUUUUCCCCCCACCCUCGCGGCUGCAGCCUCCGCCUUUUACCUGUUCCGAGGCAGCCGCGCGCCGCUGGCAGCUGAGGGUUAGAAAGGAACCGGGUGCACUUUGAGAUUUUAAACAAUAAUUUUGAAGACGAAUCUAUUUUUCUCCCCCCGCACCCCCUCCUCCACAGCCUCCGAUCUCAUUAUUCCGGUGGUGGUUUUGGGGUGAAUAAUUUUUGGCCCCAGGGGUUGUUCUGACCAGGUCAGGCUUGGGGAGGGGUUGUUUCUCCCGCCUCCGAUCCCUCUGCGUGCACCUGGCGCUGCUCUUUUUUCCCCUACCUGUUGCAAGUCCGUAAUCUUUGCAACUGAGACUUGCUUGCAGGCACCCCAGCCCUCCAUCGCUCCCUACAUUUUGCAGUUGUCUGGCGGAGGCCACCUGCUCUACCUGCCAGAAAUUUUCAAAAGAAAAAACAAUUCUCCGCGCGCCCUCUUGGCCCCCUUCUCCCUUCAUUCUCGCGCUCCUGCCCCGCCCCAGGUAAAGGGGGAGACUCGGAGAAGAUGGUGCUCACCGCGGUCCUCCUGCUUCUGGCCGCCUGUGCGGGACCGGCCCAGGGCCUGGGCUCCUUCGUGCACUGUGAGCCCUGCGACGAGAAAGCCCUCUCCAUGUGCCCCCCCAGCCCCCUGGGCUGUGAGCUGGUCAAGGAGCCGGGCUGCGGCUGCUGCAUGACCUGCGCCCUGGCCGAGGGGCAGUCGUGCGGCGUCUAUACUGAGCGCUGCGCCCAGGGGCUGCGCUGCCUCCCCCGGCAGGACGAGGAGAAGCCGCUGCAUGCCCUGCUGCACGGCCGCGGGGUUUGCCUCAACGAAAAGAGCUACCGCGAGCAAGCCAAGAUCGAAAGAGACUCCCGCGAGCACGAGGAACCGACCACCUCCGAGAUGGCGGAGGAGACCUACUCGCCCAAGAUUUUCCGACCCAAGCACACCCGCAUCUCCGAGCUGAAGGCCGAGGCCGUGAAGAAGGACCGCAGAAAGAAGCUGACCCAGUCCAAGUUCGUGGGGGGAGCUGAGAACACCGCCCACCCCCGGGUCAUCUCUGCGCCUGAGAUGAGACAGGAGUCUGAGCAGGGUCCCUGCCGCAGGCACAUGGAGGCUUCCCUUCAGGAGCUCAAAGCCAGCCCGCGCAUGGUGCCCCGCGCCGUGUACCUGCCCAACUGUGACCGCAAAGGAUUCUACAAGAGAAAGCAGUGCAAGCCUUCCCGUGGCCGCAAACGUGGCAUCUGCUGGUGCGUGGACAAGUACGGGAUGAAGCUGCCAGGCAUGGAAUAUGUGGACGGGGACUUUCAGUGCCACACCUUCGACAGCAGCAAUGGAAGAAAAUACAUAUAUCUAUCUAUUUGAAGAAACAGGACCUCGGAAUCUCUGGCAAGGUCUCAACUUUGAAAACGGCAACAACGGAGAUGCACAAAGCUAAGGAGACACCCCCCCCCUUUAAAAAAGUUUUUCUUUUUGAGGCAAGUUGAAUGAACAGGGAGGGCAAGAGAGGAAGAACAAGAGAAAGAAAAGGGAGGGAAGCAGAUGUGUGUGAGAGAGGGGAAGACUAGUAGUCACAAGAAGGAAAAGCAGAGCGUGGGCCGGAAGCAGCCGCCUUUACGUCCAGCCCCGGCCCGAGGUGGGGAGCCGCUUGGGCAGAGCGGGUGCAGCCCCAGGUGUGGCCUUCGAUGACACCCUUGGAAUUUGCCCAGUUAGGAUGGGUCACAGGGGGAGAAAGGAAAAGACAACAGGCGUCAGUGCCUCUCCUGGAUCAAUCUCCGCCUGCAGCCAGCAGCUUGCACGGCUCGACGGGUCCUUCCUCUCCUCCCACCCCGACACUGUUCUCUCUCCCUCAAAUUUACAAAACCUAAAAUGCAUUCCAUUCCUCUCAACACACAGCAAAUUCAUAACUGAGUGAUAUUAGACAGGUAGGUGUCCCUAAGUGGAUCCAUGAAUGUGAAGUAUGUGUGCAUAUUUCACUCCCCCUGCAGACUCUGAGAAAUCAAUCCACACCCCCAAGAGUGGGAAGAUGGGUUCUUCCAGGGCGGCUAAAACUCUGCGCUGAAUGAAGCCUGUAGUUUCAGCCCUUCGUUGCAUCCAGUUCGCAGCUAGCACAGCCUUUGUGGGGGAGGAUAGGCUGGAAAAACAAAAAGUGGGCUUGUAUUUAUCUACAAGGCUCCAUAUAGUAUUAUAUAGGCAUAUAAAUCUAUUUUCUUGAUUUUUUUUCUUUCUUCCUUCCUUUCUGUCAAAGGUUUGCAUUAACUUUUCCAAGUAGUUCCUCUGGGGGCAUUGAAGAGCGUCCUUAUUCUGGGAAAACCAAGAAAACCCAUCUUCUUGUAAUACAACCCAUAAUGCCUGCCUCCCAUGAGCAGCGGCAAACUCAACCCUUUGUGGGACACAGUGUUGGAUUUUUUUCGUGAUUUCCCAUGUGUGUGUGUUCAUGUACCACCAAGCCAGGUGGAUGAGCACACCCAGCGGUGAACCCACCGAGCUCCCCAGGACAUCCCAUUCACCUUUAGACCCUUGGGAAGUCACUGUCUCUGGACUCCCACACCCAGUGAACCCGAUAGGUCCAAGUUCGACCCCCUGGUCCUGCCCAGCCUUUUUGUUUCAUCUGGACAGAGCCUGCCUCUGGAAAGCCUCUUUCAGCCUUUACGCUGGCAGAGCAGGAGAGAGACUGAAAUGAGAGACGGCAAAGAGGGAGAUGGAGGUGAAAGGUUUAAAUAUGGGGAAACAGUAAAAGUGAUUGUUCAGGCCAGAGUAGAUGAAGCGAGGGGCAGAGAGCUGGAGAGACAGGGGGCUGACUGUCCCGCUCUAGCUUUGGAGCGAAGCGACAGAAAAGAGAACAAAGCCAAGAGACACUUCCCUGGGUCCCCACCUGAUAAUGCCUCUGGAAUUUAAGGGGAAGGAGAGAGGAAGAUGGGGGAACAGGUUGUAAGAGAGAAAUGUGCUUAAUCCAGGCCUUGGAUCCAGGGAAGGUGGGUAACUUUCGAUGGGUUCUAGACUGUAGCGGCUGGACAGAAACAGGAUCAGUAGAGACCAGCCAUAGUUUGGAAGGGACAAGCCUAUGUGCUCACCUGCCCACCUUCACCCUGCAAUAAGGGACUGAGGCCAGAGAGGGUUUCAAGCUCUUCAUCCACUCCGGCCAGUUCUGGCUUCCGUCCUGGGGUGGAGGAUGGCGGAAAAGCCCAGGACAAGCGGGGAAUGUGUGUUUGGGGGGUGCUGUCAUUUGACAGCCAGACUUUGAACCAAGAAAAAUCCCAUCCUCCACGGACUCCCCCCAACAAGUGGGCGGCCCUGGGGCUGCCCUCUGAGGAUGGAGAUCGCCGGCCAGGAGAAGGGUCUUGGACAUGGCAAAGGAGACCCUGUCUCGCUGUGAACGCAGCUUUCUCCACUCUUUCCUGAUGACAUGACGCCGUGGAGACCACACCAGCAUCUAACUUGGGGACGGUGAAGAGGGAUAGCUAAGGAGCAAACACACUCCAGCUAGUGGAAAGCCUGCAGCUGGAACUUGGGGGGAUGUCUCCUGCUUCCCUGGCCAGGACGGUUGGCUGGGAUGGAAGAGGCAGUCGAUCUUCGCAGGACAAAGGGCCUGAGGGGUUUGGCAGCCGUGAGGACUUCCCCGACCUGCUGUGUCACCGUGCCCCAGCUCUCUGCGCAACUGUCCACAAGCGCCCGAUUCACAUUUCAAUGUCUUAGGCCAGUAUCGUCAGCCUUUCUCACUUCACUGUUCUUUCCGCCCAUUCUUUCUUUGCAUCUUCAUCAGUCGUCUACCUGGGAUCUACCGAGUGGAUACUGGGGGGUCAUUUCCCCUAAGAAAAGACUGAACCAGGGAUUUGCAGAGCUCUCCCCACCCCCCGAGGCCUGGACCUGGUUCCUGGUUCCUGAGAGGGGCUGUCUUUUCCUCCCGCUGUUUACUGGACUUUGAAGGGGCCUGUGCUCCUUCCAUCGGCUCUUUGCCGUCAGCCGUAAGGUGGGGGAUUGGGACCUGCUUUAACGCCACCCGUCUCUUCAGGCCUCCAAAGCUCACACUGACUAACCCAAACCUGUGAGUCUCUCUCUCGUGCUUGCAGGGAGGACGGGGCGGGGGGAGGACUCUGGUCAGCUGGCCACUCCCUAGAGGAUGCUGGACCUUCAGACAGAGGGAGGUCUGGCCUGAGCCCAGGGUGGGAGCCCAUGGGGAAGCAGACAUUGAGGAAGGUGAGGUGGCGGGAAGGCAGGUGUGGUGAGCUCCAGCUGUGAAGUCCCGGAGCAGGGACCUUCUUGACCCCAGGCUGCCUGUUGGCCGCUGUCUGCUCACCCAGAGGCCUUAGGCUCUGGGUUUUCUAUGGCCUCAAGUCUAAACGUUGGCCCACUGCGCCAACAGGAGGUCUCUCCCCAUCCCCCUUUGACUCAUGCCUCGCUCUGGCAGUGAAGACCUGUGUCCGCCUCUACUGCCAGGUCACUUAGGGAGGCCUAGCCAGGACUGAUUCCCCCUGCCCCUAGAGCUGCCCCACGCACAGGGGCAAAGCAGGGCAUCUGGGACGGAAGAGACUCGAAAGUUUCUCGGACAGCCAGGCCUGGACAGACAGGCCUGGAGACAUUUAGCCCCCACACGGGGGGGAGGAUGGGAGGCCCUGUGUGGUCCCAUCCCUUGUCCCCUCGCCCAUUUCCCUAUCACCACCUCUGUGGUCUCCAUGGUAACCCAGCAGGGCCAACCUCCUCCGGGGAGGCGGGCCUGGACCACCACUCUCCCACUGCCCAGCUCGUCAGCAGCCACAGGGCUACCAAGCAACUGCCCAGCCCCCCUCCAACUGGGGCAGUGCCCCCCACUCCAUCCACUUAGCCCCCAAGAGGGAUCCAGCUCAGAUGACAAUUGCAGAGAGGAGUGGGCCAAGGAGAAGCAACCCUCUGGUCUCGGAGAGGACAGAUUUGGCUUCCAAGAGAAAGGAGGCUCUAUUUUGAGAGGUAGUGGGCCAAGGGAACAGAGGUUACCGGCCAGCAACCUGGGCGUUGUACUGUCUUUAUUUUUAAAACCACUAAAGUGCAAGACUUAUUUUGCACUAUUCUCCACUUUUUUUUUCUCAUAGGC